UGCACAGCUGAGUGGUGCUGGGUUUAGGCUUGCCCCGUUGCUAGCCUGUUAGCCCGUGUAGCCCCUUUAGCCGUGUCUAGUAAUCCUUACGGAAACAGCCAUUUCCCUUCAGCCUUUUUGGCACAACCCCCCUCCCCCACCACCACCGCCCCCCAGGGAAGACAUGCUAGGAGCCAUGGAGAGGAUACAACGCGUGCGGCUGCCCUUUGUAUCCUCGCAUAUCAUCCGUUUUUGGUUCGACGUCAAUGUCAUUAUUUGCAGCUAGUGCUGCGCGUUUAGCUCCCGCUAGCUUGUUGUCGGGCGAUCGCAGGGCCACGGCCAAGGCCGAGCGGAGAAGGGACAGGCCGUCCGGCAUUUGCUGUGUGGGUGGACGAAGGAGGAGUAGGAGGAGGUUUGGUUUUGGAUCAGGAUUUUGAAAGCGCCUCCACGGUCAUCCUCUUCGCCAUCAUCUACAGCUGAGCCAUGUCUUCGUCAGGCUGCUGCCACCUACCCGGCUCCCUCUGUGACUACUCCGGGAACGCAGAGUCUGAUGCCUCCAAGGAUUCGGAGGAGUCCGAUUCUACUGCGCGGGCCCAGUUCAUCGCCAAGGUGACGGCCAAAGAUGGCCGCCCACUCUCCACCGUUGUCAAAGCGGUGAGCUUGCAGAGUGAUGUGGGCAUGUGUCGGAUUUGCCAUGAGGGGGCUGGGGGGGAGACGCUGCUCUCACCCUGCGACUGCACUGGUACGCUGGGUAAAGUGCACAAGAGCUGCUUGGAGAAGUGGCUGUCCUCCUCCAACACCAGCUACUGUGAACUCUGUCACACCGAAUUCACCGUCGAACGACGGCCACAACCACUCACAAAGUGGCUGAAGGACCCAGGCCCUCGCAGUGAGAAGCGCACUCUGCUGUGCGACAUGGCCUGUUUCCUCCUCAUCACACCCCUGGCAGCCAUCUCUGGCUGGCUGUGUCUGAGGGGAGCCCAGGACCACCUGCAACUGAAGAGCAGGCUGGAGGCCGUCGGCCUUAUCGCCCUCACCAUCGCCCUCUUCACCAUCUACAUACUCUGGACACUGGUGUCAUUUCGGUAUCACUGUCAGUUGUACUCGGAGUGGAGGAGGACCAAUCAGAAAGUGCGCCUCCUCAUGCCUGACAUGAAAGGGGCGCACACCACUCAGCGCUCCGUGCCGACCAAGUCGACCAAGAAAAUGACUGAUGAGACCAUCGUAUGAGUGCGCGUCAGUGGCAAAAGGAAUAUUUAAGAUGACGCCCACUGAAGCACUACCUGAAAACCAGAUUAAUCGUGAUCAUAUUUUUUGCACUUCAUAAGGACCAUUUUGGGAGGAAAGAUGUACCUCGUCCUCCUGUUUUACUUUAUUGAAGCACUUGAUGUAAACUACUACGGUAUUGGCCGACCACACAAAUGUUUUUUUUGGGGGGGGGAAGAACUCGUUCCGGAGUCAUAGUAGAUGUUGAGACACAGAGGUUUGACCCUGGACACCCAGCGCUGGGAUGUGAAGAGCUGAAGACGAGGAUAAUGGACUAACCCGCCCAACUCUGUGUCCGUGACACUUAACAUCUGAAAUGCUAGGACACGAGCUAAUGUAGCAGGAUAUAUCUGGUUCAGCAUGCUACUCCAAUAUACUAUGGAACUUAUUCACUACCUAUAAUUCCCACAUGCCUCCUCACAAUGUAUUUAGCUGUUUUUGAACAACGGGCAGCCUAUAGCCUGGCAGACGAGACUAACCGGAAACAUGAUUGGAAAAAGUCUGUCCCAGAAUACGCUUUCUUGACCAGCAGAGGGAGACACUGGCCCUCACCAGUGUUGUCAUCUACGCCCUGAAGCCCCGUGAAGGCUCCUGCUGAAGCAUCCCAUCGCCGUGUGAACGUGGGAUAUCACAUGAUUUACCUGUGUAGACGACAGUUAAUGUUACGCAUUUAUCGCACUCGUCACGGAGGGUCAGUCAGUGGCGUUUGUGUUGCGUGGGGAAACACCGACGGCAGCCGUUAAACGGCAGUGCUGUAAAUGCUUAAGGACGUGGCGUUGAAGGUGUGGGAAAGGGUUCAUGUUCUAAUUGGAGAAUGCUUCUACUAUUGUCAUCAAAGUGCAUUAGUACGCAGCCCUGCUCCACCUGUAAAUGCACCAUUCAGAAAUUGAGCUGCCCAGAAAUGAACAACUAGUUAUCAUGUCCCACAGCGCAAGAAAUGCCAUCUUGAAUAGAAAAGAUAAAGUGUUAAGAAUAGCGAGACUACAGUGGUUUGUCCUCUAUAAAUGGAGAUAUAACAGAGCAGGCUGGUAGACUGUAAAGUUUCAAAAGAAAAAUGUUUUUUUGAGAUGUCAAUGUGUGCAGCAUAUGCUAUAAAAGUAUUUUGUGUUAUUGUAGUCUUCCUGCUGCAUCCCCCAGAAAGUUGGGUUAUUGUGCAAUAAAACAAGAGGGAGUCCUGGACUAAAUCAA